AAAAAAAAAAUUCAUAAAUCAAACAAAUAAACUUAUGUUUAAUAAUUUUAAUGUAAGUAAGUAACUUUUAAAAACUGAUAUUGCCUUGUAAAUAAUUUAAUAACUUUGUCUAAAAGAGAACAAAGUAUGUAAGUAUUAACAUUUGAAUUUGAGCAGAUAAGUACAUUCUCUUCGGACUUCUUUGACAUCGCUCCUUACGAAAUGAAUUUAGCGAAGAGGAGAGUUUUUUUUCUAUUGCUAUUACAAGGAAAUAAAUACUUAAAAAUAGUUCUCAUAUAUAAUUCAUUAUAUUUGAAAUAAAUAGAAUACACGGAAUAAGCUUCUUGACCUCACCACUCCCCUCCUUCCCCAAUCAUGAUAUAAUUUUGAUAUAUAGUAUAUAUAUAUAUACAUAUAUGUGUCAUACGUUCUUAACGCUCCUCUGUCCUAUAUUUCGGCUAGCUAUAUAAUCGUAUUCAGCGCAUAAAUCAUUCGAUUUAAGCCUAUGUAAAUCACGUGAUUCGGCCUAAACAAUAUUCGUCAAACGAAGCGAACUUUGUUAUUCGCGAUAACAUACAGUCUUCAAAAAGGCAGAAUUUUGUUUAGUUUGAACUUUGUAACUUAGAAUUGGUGCGAAUUCGUAUCAGAACCUUAAUUUGUAUGGGAUGAGCGGUAAUAAUUUAUUAAAUAUAACGUUUAAACGUUAACAAUUUAAUAAGAUCAUUUAUGUAUUUAAUUAAAUGUCUUCUUUCGUUUUUUUUGUGUUAUUAUUAUCUUUUCUAUCUCUAUAUAAUUUUCUAUAUAUUGCGUAUUUUUUUCUCUUUCUCCUUUCUAGUAUUAUUUCUAGAGAAAUGUAUAUAAAUAAUAGAUUAUUGUAUGACAUAUCUUCUGUUAUAUAUCGUGAAUUUUACACAUGAAUGUCUAUGUUAAAUCUACAUAUUUAAUAAUAAGAUAUACUGUAGAUAUAUCUAUAUAUACGUUACCAAACUCAUUCUAUCUGCUAUUGUUUUUCUCUCAACAUUAUAGACAACGAAAAUCAACCUUGUCAAAUAUGUGUCGACGUCGGUUCUGGUUAUCACUAUGGUGUAUGGAGUUGUGAAGGAUGUAAGGCGUUUUUUAAACGUUCAAUGCAGGGAUCUCACGAUUAUGUUUGCCCUGCGACAAACAAUUGCACCAUUGAUAGGAAUAGACGAAAGAGCUGUCAAGCUUGUCGAUUUAGUAAAUGCGUUGUUCUCGGUAUGGCCGAUCAUUAUACAAAGAAAGAAAGGAGGAGGAGGAGAAAGAAACGUAAACCAAAUGAAGAAGAACCGACCGUUAGUAAAGUUAAAAAAGAAGAAGCCGACACACCUUUAAACAGCGUUAAAACUAUUCUAGCAAGGGAUGAAGAAGCUGCUAAUUUCCUGGACAUGCUAAUUUCUAUCGAACCACCUGCAAGGAUGACUGAACACGAUUAUUCGCAGCCAACGACUGAUACAGGACUAAUUGCUUCUAUGAUUCGAUUAGCGGAUAAACAAUUGAUGGAUACAAUUCAAUGGGCCAAAAGAAUACCAGGUUAUAGAAAAUUGGCAUUAAAUGAUCAGAUAAAGUUACUAGAUUCAGCUUGGUUAGAUAUACUCAUCUGCGGUGUUGCUUUCAAGUCAAUGGGUGUUAGCAAAAAUAUAUUAAUAAUGGCGGAUGAUUUCCAUUGGUCAAGACCUCAGGCUGAUAUAUCAGGUGCAGGAAUAGCACACGAACACAUGAGAAGACUCUCAAGGAGGUUUGCCGAUGUGGGCAUUACAAAGGAGGAGAAUGUUCUUUUGAGGACGAUGUUUUUGUUAAAUGCUGAUGCCGAAGGCUUAGAAUGUGCCGAACAAGUCAGAGAAAUGCACAAUCUUAUAAUUGAAGCUCUAAAAGUAGCUACAAGACGGUCGGAGAGAACAAGAGAACAUCAGGAUGAUAAAUACAGAAACUAUAUUGAGAAUAGGGUUUCUCAUAUUUUACUCUUACUGCCACACGUCAAAAAUUGCGCCAACAAUUGUAUGGCUCAUCUUUUUGACGCUAAAUACGAAGGGAAAAUGCCAACUUGUGAACUCAUUGAGGACAUACUUCAUAUCCGUCUUAGACCAACAGCUACGGCCACAGCUCAGGACCAAAGUGGUCUUGCAGGAAUAGCAGCUGUUCAAGGAUUUGUUGGGCGAGGAUAUCCAGGUUUACCAUUAAUGACGUCGACAGCUAGCGUUCAAGCGGCAUCAUUGGAUCUCCUAAACUCGGCUAAUAUAUCAGCGGGUGAUAUUAUGAAUGCAAAUAUAAGUGCAGUUAUAACUCGACAGAUGGCGCCCGAGAAUAUAGCUCAAGCGCAACAGAGUUUUGGCUGGCCUAAUUGUUAAAUUUAAUCAUUAAUUAAUAAUAAUAAUAAUAAAAAGGGAAAAUACUAACAAAAAAAAAGUAAAAAAGCAAAACCUCAAAACUAGCAAAACAGAAAUUAUGAAAAUUGAAUGGGCUACGUUAGAAAAAUUGAAAAGAAACGAUCAAUUUUUCACUUUUUGUUUCCUUUAAGUCAACUAUGGUUUGUUGUUCCUCUCUUUUUGGUUUCUUUGACUUAUGGUGCUGUUAAAGAGUAGAAGGACUUUUACACAAUUUUCAAAUUGUCUGGUUAACAUACGCCUUUUCCUAAGAACUUUUUAUGAAUUAUUUUUAUUUAUUUAUUGGACAAACGAUGAAAACCAGACGAAAAUAUUUUUGCAUGAGAAGAUUAUUAAGAAAUUUUCUAUUUUUUUCACAUAUAUAUAUAUAUAUAUAGAUAUAGAUAUAUAUUUAAUUGUUUGAAUUUAUUUCUCUCUCUCUCUCUCUCUCUCUCUCUCUCUCUCUGUCCGCUGUCUUUCCCUUUGCACUCCUAUCUAUAUUUUCUAUUUACCACUCCUCCUCUACUGUUGGAAGGUAAUGUUUACAGCUAAGAAAAAGAGAUAUUUGUAAGUUAAAUGUGUAACUCUAAUUUCGGCUAUUUGAGUCAUGGAAUUAAUUUAUUGUAUCAGUAUAAUGUUACAUCUACAAGUAUAUAAAUAUACUUAUGUUUAUAUUCUAUAUAGUUGCUUAAAAACGAUAUAUACAAUAAUAGAUAUAUCUGUUUUUAAAUAGACAAUCAUUCAAUUAUUUAUUAAAGGUAUUACUAUAUAUUUAAUUCAAGAUGAAAGAAAAAAAGCAUAAACCUAUAAUCAACCUUAAAUAGUUAAUUAUGUUCGUUUAAAAAAAUUCUUAUUGAAU